AUGAUACCGAAAAAUAAAUUGAGCGAUAUAUGUACAACACUCACAUUAGAAAAAGCUAAAGAAGAUAUAGAAAAAGAGUGUAAAUUGGUUGAAAAACAAAAACAAAAACAUGAUGACGAAAAAGAUGAAGGACUGAGGAUUGAUGGAAAUGAAGAAAAGAAUGACGAAAAUAGUGACGAAGAAGAAAUUCGAAAAUGGAGAGAAAAAAGACUUAUGGAAUUUAAAAAAAAAAGAGAAUUAAAAAGAGAUGGAGUUUAUACAGAAGUCUGUGAAAAGGACUUUUUACCUUCUGUUCUUAAGAAUCAUAAUGUAAUUUGUCAUUUUUAUGAUAACAGUUUUAAAAGAUGUGACAUUUUACACUCCCAUUUAAUCAAAUUAGCUAAUAAACAUUUAGCUACUAAAUUUAUCAAAAUGGAAGCAAAAAACUGUCUGUUUUUUAUGAAUAAAUUAAAUAUUAAAGUUUUACCAAGUUUAUGCUUAUUUAUUGAUGGAGUGUUGAUACAAACUUCUGUGGGUUUCGAAGAUUUUGGAAAUAAUGAUAACUUUAAAACAAAAGAUUUAGAAAUGUUUUUAUACAAAAAGAAAGUUAUAAAUAAUAUGGAAUGCAGUGAUAGUGAUGAAGAUUUUUAA